CUCACACCUCCUCCCAGCUCACCUCCAGCCCCACCACCCCACCAUGGCCGCCUCCACCCUGUCUGUCUGCUCCAGCGACCUGAGCUAUGGCAACCGCGUCUGCCUGCCUGGUUCCAGUGACUCUUGUACUGACGCCUCCUGGCAGCUGGACGACUGUCCCGAGAGCUGCUGCCAGCCCUCCUGCUGUGUCCCCAGCUGCUGCCAGCCCUCCUGCUGUGUCCCCAGCUGCUGCCAGCCCACCUGCUGUGUCCCCAGCUGCUGCCAGUCCACCUGCUGUGUCCCCAGCUGCUGCCAGCCCACCUGCUGUGUCCCCAGCUGCUGCCAGCCCUCCUGCUGUGUCCCCAGCUGCUGCCAGUCCACCUGCUGUGCUCCUAGCUGCUGCCAACCCUCCUGCUGUGUCCCCAGCUGCUCCUGCACCAUCUCCUGCACACCCUUGUGCUGCCAGCAGUCUAGCUGCCAGCCCUCCUGCUGCACCUCUUCCCCCUGCCAGCCCUCCUGCUGUGUGCCCGUCUGCUGCACACCCGUCUGCUGCACUCCUGUCUGCUGCAAGCCCGCAUGCUCUGUGCCCGUCUGUUCUGGGGCCGCCCCCUGCUCAGCCCCCUCAUGCUGCCAGCCCACCCCCUGCUGCAGACCCUCUUCCUGCGUGUCCCUCAUCUGCCGCCCUGUGUGCAGACCCACCUGCUGCGUGCCUGUCUCCUCCUGCUGUGCCCCCACCUCCUCCUGCUGCCAGCCCAGCUGCUGCCGCCCAGCCUCCUGCGUGUCCCUCAUCUGCCGCCCUGUGUGCUCCCGCCCGGCCUGCUGUGUCCGUGCCUCAGCCCAGAAGUCCCGCUGCUGA